AUGUACAGGACGGGUGUCGCGUUGGCAGUCGUGCUGAUUGGCGCGUUCGGUCGACAACCGGGGUCACCCUUUUCACCGGUGGCCUGCGCGAUGGAGCCGCCGGAUAAAGAGCAGUCUGAGCCGGAAAUGUACCGGGAAAUCGUCCUGUCUCCUUACGAGCCGCACUACAUCCAAUACGAAGACAGCCCGAGGGUUUACGUUGCGCACGACUUCCUUGCUCCUCUGGGCGAUGACUUGCUCUCCAAGGAAAUAGCGCUACUGAAACGAUUGGAGACACUAUCCCAGCUGGAGGGGGACUACAACAUACCUCUAGACGAUAACCAAGACCGGCCAUCUAUAUUCCUCAAUCGCCUUCUGAAUCUUCAAACAGACCGGACACCAAACAAUCCAAAAUCGCAGAAUCCUUAUGACUCAAAACUACAAGACGCGAAGAAGGAUUCAGAUGGACAAAGUCGUGACACGGUUAAAGAGGCGGUUAUAGAGGGUAAGACAAAAGAGGAGUUAGAAUUGGAGGUGCUGCAAAAGAACGAUAGGAAGAGAAGCUUCGCUCUCACACCACUAGAAGAUGGCUAUUACGACGCCACUAGCCCUCCAAGCACAGACCCGAGCAAAAUGAGCAAGAAUCAACUCCUGGAACCCCGAAAGACUCGCCAGAACCCAAACUUGAGCCGGGCGAAGGCUCUGGUUGCUGAAAACUUGGAUGAACUGCGUCACGGUUUCACAGACAAGGACACCGGCAGCACGAUACGACCUCAUCACAUCCACAUUAUAGAAUCGAUUAUGCCGGAACAAGCCACGAGUAUUUACAGCAGCGCGUUGCUAGCUGCCAUAAUAGCUGCACUGUCUAUGGCCGCUAUCGGUUUUGUCUUCGGCUGGUAUACUUUAUCGAAGAAGGCAAAGGCCGCUGCCGAUGUGGACUAUCCGGCGUACGGAGUGACGGGCCCGACGGUGGACCCAUCGGGCGAUCGCAAGCUGGCCCACUCGGCGCACAUGUAUCACUAUCAGCACCAAAAACAACAGAUACUGGCUAUGGAAAGCUGUCUCGGACGCAACGGGUCGAUUUCUGAUCCCGACUCCGAAGAGGAGAACGAAGAAGGCGAUUACACCGUUUACGAAUGCCCAGGCUUCGCGACGACUGGCAACAUGGAAGUCAAGAACCCACUCUUUCAUGAGGAUCCGACACCGGCUACUCCAGGCAAAUGCGAAGUGGUGCAGCCGCAGCCAAAAGACUAA